AUGGUUCGUUUCGUGCCUGCUCUGCUGGCUCUGUCCGCCACCGCCUGGGCUGCUCAGUCCUGCAGCGCCAGCAGCCAAUGUCCCGAGGACAAGCCUUGCUGCUCUCAGUAUGGUGAAUGUGGUACCGGCGCAUUCUGUCUGGGUGGUUGCGACGUCCAGGGUUCCUUCUCCACCGAUUCGUGCGCCCCCAUGCCCAUCUGCGAGAGCAAAUCUUACACCUGGGACAACCUGGAUAACGCCGCCUUGAACACGAAGUACCUCGGUAACGCCUCCGCGACCGACUGGACCUACUCGGGUUUCCCCAAGGUGACCGACGGCAACCUCGAGCUGCACAUGCCCAAGAACACCGUCGGAACCUUGUUUGCCAACAACCACUACAUCUGGUACGGCAAGGUCUCCGCUAAGAUCAAGUCUAGCCGUGGUGCUGGUGUCGUUACUGCUUUCAUCCUGCUAUCCGACGUCAAGGACGAGAUCGACUACGAGUUUGUCGGUGCCGACCUGACUGCCGUGCAGACCAACUACUACUGGCAAGGUGUUCCCGACUUAGAUGGUGAUGGGAUGCAGGAGCGACAUGCUAAUCAAGAAACAGGGCACAACAGCGCCAACGCUACCGUUAACGGCGAAGACACCUACAGCGACUGGCACACCUACGAGAUCGACUGGCAACCCGAGCAGCUCCAGUGGAUCGUCGACGGCAAGGUGACUCGUACCCUUACCAAGGCCCAGACCUACAACGAGACCUCCAAGACGCCCUCCCGCAUGCAGCUGUCCCUGUGGCCCGCCGGCCAGGCCAGCAAUGCCGAGGGUACCAUCGCCUGGGCUGGUGGUGAGAUUAACUGGGACAGCGAGGACAUCAAGAAACAGGGCUACUACUCUGCGACUUUCGGCCAAAUCGACGUUCAGUGCUACGACCCUCCCAGCGGCGUUUCCACUAGCGGCAACGAUUCCUACAUCUACACUUCUGACACGGGUCUCCAGUCCGAUGUUGCCAUCACCGGCAACUCCACGGUCCUUGGCUCCAUGGGUGCGACCGGCCUCGACCCUACCCUCGGUGCUCACAGCAGCUCUGCUUCCUCUACCAGCUCUAGCAACGACACUAUGCCCACUGGUGGCUCUGGUGGCGCUGGCGCCAUGGGUUCUGGCCAUUCCUCCAGCUCCAGCUCCAGCUCUAGCAGCAGCAGCAGCUCUGACGACAGUGGCAGCUCCACCACCUCUGCCGCUGCCAGUGCCUCUACCACCGCGGGUACCAACAGCGCCCCUGGUCAGGAGCGUGUCCUCCAGGGCUCACUCUUUGCCGUUCUCGUUGCCGUUGUCGCUCUGGUCAUGCAGUAA